CGGGAGAGGGACCGUCUCUCACUCUGGCGUGGGCAGCGCCCGGCAAUGGCCCUGGUCCUGACUGGGCCUCUUGGCCCCACCGUAACCCAAAUCAACACUAAUAUGAAUGGUCCUGCUCUUCGGUCUGUGCCAGCGCAAAGCCAGAGGCUGAUAUGGCUCCACCCUCCCUGAUCGGAGCCCGGAUGGGCCCUCCCGGGGCUUGUGCAGCAUAGACCCAGCUGAGUGGUUUGGCUGGGACGUCAUGAACUCGGCCCUCCCUGGAUGGGACUCGAGGAGGCUCUGCCGGACCCAAGAGCAGGUGGCCCGGAACUCGGCGUUGUCAUCCCAGCUGGCAAUGACCUCACCCAGCUCAGAACUUCUGAGCCAUUCGGACCCAAACAGCCGGAUGCCGUUUGGAGCAGAACAUUCCAGGGCUAUUCAGACCACAACAUUCUGGUGCCCCUUGGAUCAAACCGUUGGCUCAGGUCAGUCGUGCUCCUGUCUCUGCUGCCUGCACUGUGAGAGUUGGAGAUUUAGCUGGAGAAUUGGACCAGAACCGCCAUCCCUUCCCCCGCAGAGACCCGGACUUUCUGGCUAGUGCUGGGACAGAGACCCCAGCAGGUUUCGAGGACUGUGACAAGCACCAGCCUUGGCCCGAGUCCCCAGAGCCAGGACCAUGGUGCACAACCAAGGGCUUCCUGCCGAGGCCCCAGAGACGAACCUUGGAGCUGCCCAGGACGGGUCAGAGUCACAAAGAUCAAGGGAGUCGCCCCCUCAUCAGGGCGUCUCUGCUGGGAGCCCUGGUCCUGAGAAAACAGCGGAGCAGGGGGUCUCUGCCGCAAGCCCAGUUCAUGAGGAAACAGCAGUGGAGGGGGUCUCUGCCCCUGCUGGCCCCAGGGACCAAAGCCAGCACACCUCUGUGAUCACAUCUGUCACCAGCCACUCCUCCAUGCGCGGCGUGGAACCCGUGGCCUCCAACCUCCCGUGUGCGCAGCCGCCACGUGAGUCUCCCGGCUCAGGCGAGAAGAGAAAGCGCUCGGCACGUGGCAGAGAGGCCGAGGAGGAGGCAGAAGAAAAGGCCCUUUAUUAUAUGAAGGUCCGGGCUGUGAACGGCGUCUCAGUGGCCUGGGAGACCGGGGCUGGCUUUGAAGCCAUUCGGAAGCGGCCUCGGAUCUUUAAGAGCAAGUACAUUGGCGGAGAAAGCUUUGCCGGCUCGGACCUGAGCAGCUCCCACACCAAGUCGGAGCUGGGAGACGUGGACUCGGAGGCAGAGUGCGGCGUUGAGGGGCCGGCGGAGGAGGCGCCGCAGCAGCCGACGGGAGCUCCCCCGGAGUGGCUCCUCACCAUGGAGCAGGGCGUGCGGUGCCUGGCCUGCUGCCGAGUCUUUCCCAGCCUGGAGGCCCUGACCCACCAUGUUAAGCAGGGGCUGCGCGAAGGCUUCAGCUGCCGCGUGUACUACCGGGUGCUGGGGCAGCUGAGGGCGAGAGACAGGUCCCAGCGGAGACGGCAAUGCGGGGGCCGGGGACGCCAGCCACGCGUCCGGGAGUGCAGCAAGUGUGGGGGACAGAUACGGCGCCCACGCAAGGCUGCCAAAUAGGCCUGGCUAGGCCGUGCCGGGGGGGAGCCCAGCUGCUGGCUGAGACCGGAAACGACUCUGCCAGAGGACCCCUGAAGCCACAGGGUGGCGAGUGCCGCCAGCAGCGGGUCCGGGGCACACACGCCAGUCGCUGCCCCCGGCUAGGAAGCCCUGCCCGCUCCCGGCUUGCCAGCCAGACCCGAUCUCCACCUGAGGCCAGGACAACGAGCUCUGGGCCUCGCCGUGAUACGCCCGGGUCCCUGCUUGGGAAAGACCAGCGCUAUGAGCAUCAGGGCUGAGAACUGGCAGCUCCAGCAGCACCAGGCCAACUGCAUCCCAGCCCAGCACUCCAGACCCGCCCCGGGCUCCCCCGCCCCGGGGCCAACAGGCCGAACCGGAGCUGCCGGACUCCCUCCCCUCCACCAGCCCGGCCGGAAGAACAACCCGCAGCUCCCGCAGCAAGGCCCUGCGGAUGCCAGCAGAGCCCCAGACAGCAACGCCGGGCCCCACCCCUCCACAGGGCUCUGGCCGACCCGGACCAGCCACCAGCGACGGGGAAAGAACUGACGGCAUCAGCCAGCCCUCUCCCUGCCAGGACCCAGCCUAAAGCCUUGGCCGCCGGCCGCCCAGAGGGAUGGAGGGUCGGUAGCAGAUCCGCGUCCUUAGAGACGCACACGGACUCCAGCCCAUCGACGGGAGGAAGGUGAUGGGAAGACGUCUCUCUGCAGCAUCCCCAGAGAUGGACGCACAGGGCGGCUACAACACACAGCCCCUGAAGGCUGAGCCCUGGCCUCUGCCCCACAGAGCAGCGAGCUGGGAGGCGCCGCCGGCACAGACAUCAGCUAAGUGACUUACUUUGGGGGUUCCCGUCGGGGCGGGGGGAUGCCCUGGGGUCACGGAGCGUCUCAGGGGCUUGUGAGCUGGGCAGGGAGCUACAUGGUCUGGGCA